UCUAUAAGAACGCGCAUGCUCAGUGCUGCCUUUGUGUGGCUGACUGCAGAGCCAACUAGCUGGAUAGCAAGAACGGCUAGCCUCAAACAUAUAGACGACACAGAGGUAGCUAGCAGGUUAGCCGCGCAGCUAAUCAUGGUGAAUGUAAAGAAACGGAAAGGUCGAGUCGUGAUUGACUCUGACUCUGAGGACAGUGCUAGCGACGAUAAUUUAGAUCAGGAGCUGUUAUCGUUGGCAAAGAGGAAGAGGGUUGAUUCGGGUGAUCAGGAAGAGCCGGUUAGCAAACCUGCAGCUUCUACAGACUCUGAGACAUCCGAUAGCGAUGAUGAGUGGACUGUGGGUGGCACCAAAGGCAAAAAGAAGGUUAAGCAAGGGAAAGGGUCAGAGAAGAAGAACGCCACAAAGAAGAAGGUGAACAAAGCGACGGCAUCUGGCAGCUCAGAUGGAGACAGCUCAGCUGAGAGCUCUGCACCAGAGGAGGGUGAGGUGUCUGAUUCAGAGAGCAACAGCUCGUCCUCCAGCUCCGACUCGGACUCCUCAGAGGACGAGGUGUUCAGGGACGGCUACGAUGACGACCUGAUGGGAGACGCGGAGGACAGAGCUCGGCUGGAGCAGAUGACAGAAAAGGAGAGAGAACAGGAGCUGUUCAACAGAAUCGAAAAGAGAGAGGUGCUAAAGAGACGGUUUGAAAUUAAGAAGAAGCUGAAGACGGCAAAGAAGAAGGAGAAAGAGGAGAAGAAGAAGAAGCAGGAGGAAGAGCAAGAGAAGAGGAAGCAAUCUCAGGUUCAAGACACACAAGUGGUGAUGUCACACAACAAGGAGAGACGAUCCAAACGCGACGAAAAACUUGAUAAAAAGUCCCAGGCCAUGGAGGAGCUCAAAGCUGAGCGUGAGAAGAAGAAAAACAAAACAGCAGAACUGCUGGCCAAACGUCAGCCCCUGAAGACGAGCGAGGUAUACUCUGACGACGAGGAGGAAGAAGAGGAAGACGAUGACAAAUCCUCAGUCAAAAGUGAUCGCAGUUCCCGUUCAUCAUCUUAUGAUGACGAUGAAAAAGAAGAAACUCCACCGAAGUCGCAACCCGUUUCACUACCAGAUGAGCUCAACAGGAUCCGCCUGUCCAGACACAAGCUGGAGCGCUGGUGCCACAUGCCCUUCUUCGCUAAGACUGUGACUGGCUGCUUCGUGAGGAUAGGGAUUGGAAACAGCAGCAGUAAACCGGUUUAUAGGGUGGCUGAAAUUGUGGAUGUGGUGGAGACGGCGAAGGUUUACCAGCUUGGAUCAACGCGAACAAACAAGGGAUUACAAUUAAGGCAUGGCGGUGACACGCGGGUCUUCAGGCUCGAGUUUGUAUCGAAUCAGGAGUUCAUGGAAAAUGAGUUCAUGAAGUGGAAAGAGGCUAUGAUUGUUGCAGGAAUGCAGGUACCGACUCUUGACGAAAUCACCAAAAAGGAGCAGUCCAUCAAAGAAGCUCUGAACUAUAAGUUCAACGACAAAGACAUAGAGGAUAUUGUUAAAGAGAAGGACAGAUUCCGAAAAGCACCCCCGAAUUAUGCCAUGAAGAAAACGCAGUUACUCAAAGAUAAGGCCAUGGCAGAAGAGAGUGGAGAUGGUGACAAAGUGAAAGUGAUCCAGGAUGAGCUGAACGAGCUGGAGGAAAGAGCAGAAGCACUAGACAGACAGAGGACCAAGAACAUCUCUGCCAUCAGCUACAUCAAUCAGAGAAACAGAAGCUGGAACAUUGUUGAAUCUGAGAAAGCUCUCGUGGCUGAAGGACAAAAUGCCAAAAACCAACAAAUGGACCCUUUCACACGAAGACAGUGCAAACCCACCAUGGUGUCUAAUGCCAGAGACCCGUCAGUCCACGCAGCUAUUCUCGCUCACCUGAACCAGAAGUACGGCUCUGGGUCAGCACAAGAUCCUUCUUCUGGAGAGAAGAACAAACUGGGUCAACCAAACCCAAAAGACAAAGAUGUCCCCAAGCCAACCACUGACCUCUCAGAGGACUUGUUUAAAGUUCAUGAUUUUGACGUUAAGAUCGACCUACAGGUUCCCAAUGCAGAGGCAAAGUCUCUGUCCGUGAGCUCCAACGCGCUGCCCGUGAAGGAUGGCGCUCCCCGUAGGUCCCUCAACCUGGAAGACUACAAGAAGAGGAGGGGGCUGAUCUGAUGUUGUCGUCCAUCAAUCAGAAACCACAUUGCAUGUGUAAUUGGCUGCGUAAGAGAGAGUGUUUGUAUGUGUGUGUGUGUGUGUGUGUGUGUGUGUGGUUGAGAGAGUGAGUGUGUGUGUGAAUGAUUCCCAAAGGACAUGUAUGAAUGUUGAUACAGAGGACUGUUUAUCCGAACACAGAGGAAAUACUGAUUGAGCAAAGACAACAUUUUUCUUAAAGGAUCUCUCUCAGAAGAAAAUUGUCCAGAUAUUUGUUUUUGGUUUUUUUUGCAUUAUCACACACAAACUCAUAUAUUUUUUUUAUGUAUUUAAUGUCUUUUCCCCUUUUUUGGGUCGUCUGGAGU